UCCUUGGUAUAGGCUACCAAACCAGUCCACUGCAGUGAUAAUGUCCCUACGGUCGGCCUCAGCUCUGGGUCUGUGUCGCUGUCUGCUGGCUGUCCUGGUGGUCCUGGGGCUGUCCAGCCGGGCAGAGGGCCAGCCAUGCCCGGCACAGUGCUCCUGUUCCGGAUCUACUGUGGACUGUCACGGCCAGGGUCUCCGCAGCGUUCCCAGGAAUAUACCACGCAAUGCAGAGAGACUGGAUCUGAACGCUAAUAAUCUGACUAAAAUCACCAAGGCCGACUUCGCUGGACUGAGGAAUCUGCGUGUGCU